AUGUCGCAGGCGCCACCUGUACCUCCUCACGCCCAGGCGCAGAGCGGUCAGCCCGGUCUCAUGGCUCAGAUGGCUGCUACGGCCGGUUCGGUCGCUGUCGGCUCGACGAUCGGUCACGGUCUCUCGAACAUGCUCUUCGGCAGCUCCCACCCUCCCGCAGCUCCGGAGGCUCCCGCUGCACCCGUUCAGCAGCAGCAGGCUUCAGGCCUCAACUGCGAGAUCCAGGCCAAGGACUUCACCAAGUGCUUGGAGUCCGCUGACCUCCCCUCCUGCACCUGGUAUCUUGAGCAGCUGAAGGCCUGCCAAGCCGCGGCUUCCCGGUACUAA